UAUCUCUGAACAUGACUGGGGAUUGAAUUUGCCGUGAUUUUGUCCCUUAUGGCCUUCCACAACCCUGCUCAGUUCAGCCUGAGUUGUGCUGGUCUUGCUUCCAAACCUCAGAAAGCUGUGAAUAAACGAGGAUUUGAUUUUCAGAGCCCUUUUUCAUUCAUUAAACGCUUCUGUUUUCCAGCAGGAUGGAGGGAGCGACUUUACUUUCGAAAAUGACGCUUUUUCUGCACGUGGCGCUGAUUUUUCAUCCCACAAACUGCUCGGAAAUGAAAGUAAUCGAUGCGUUGGCGUUGAGCGGUGGCCUUCGGAUGGCGGCGGCGGUGGAGGAUUUGGUGGGAGGUUUGGAGAAAAUGAAGGAAGUGUAUGUGACCUCCACGUUCCGUCUCCCGCCUAAACUGGGAGGUAUGCUGUUGGGAAUCUACGGCAAAGACGACGGCAAGAAAUACCUGGAGAUCACCGUCAUCGGCAAGAUCACUAAAGUGUUAGUAAGAUAUUUGCGCUCUGAUGGGAAGCUCCACUCGCUGAAUCUGCAUAACCCCGCCCUCUCUGACGGUCGGAGCCAAUCCCUCAUCCUGAGAGUGGGCGGACUCAGAAAGAGCCACAUCAGCUUUGAGCUCUACAUUAACUGUCGUCUGAUUGACUCCGCCCACGGGCUGCCCUCAUUGGCCAAGCUGCCUCAGAAGGUGGAGUCUGUGGAGGUCCGGAGCGGAGAAAGGAAUUUCGCCCGAAUGCAGGGUUCAGUGGAGUCUUUAAAGCUGGCUCUUGGUGGUUCUCUCCCUAAAGCUGGGCUCCUCACUGACUGCUCACUGCAGGGAGACUCAACACAACACAACACAGUGGGCAGUGACAUUAACACCUUGCUGGGUGAUCACACUAAGGCUCUGAUUGGUCAGUUGAUCAUCUUCAAUCAGAUUAUGGGGAAUUUGAGAGAAGACAUGAGGGAAAUGACCAAGGAGAUGUCUUUAAUCAGGAACACCAUCCUGGAGUGUCAAGUGUGUGGUUUCAAUGAGCCUCAGUCUCGGUGUCAGUCUAAGCCGUGCUAUGACGGUGUUGCGUGUGUAGAUGUUUUGGAGUCUCCAGGGUAUCGGUGUGGCUCGUGUCCUGCAGGAACCACAGGCAACGGCACACACUGCCAGGACAUUGAUGAGUGUGAGGCACAGCCAUGUUUCUCUCCUCACAUGUGUGUGAACAGUGUGAAGGGGUUCCGCUGUGAGUCGUGUCCACCAGGGUUCUCUGGGCCUGAGUUGAGUGGAGUCGGCAUGGAUUUCGCCCGGAACCACAUACAGGAGUGUGUGGACAUAGACGAGUGUGCGGCACAAACCGGCGCCUGCGUCCCCAACUCCGUCUGCAUCAACACAGCGGGUUCGUUUCAGUGCGGUCCGUGUAAGUCGGGUUUCGUGGGGAAUCAGACGUCGGGCUGUUUUCUCAGGAGAACGUGCGAUCUGCUUGGCUACGAUCCGUGUGACGUCAACGCUCACUGUGUGAUGGAGCGCAGCAGUGAGGUCUCCUGUGUGUGUAACGUGGGGUUUGCAGGGAACGGGAACAUCUGCGGCGUCGACUCUGACCUCGAUGGCUAUCCAGAUGAAGCGCUUCCCUGCAUCGAUAACGAUAAACACUGCAGAGCGGAUAACUGUGGCUCCACUCCGAACUCUGGUCAAGAGGACACGGAUGGCGACGGUCUCGGGGAUCAGUGUGACGAAGACGCGGACGGAGAUGGAAUAAAGAACAUGGAGGAUAAUUGUCGUCUAAUGCCCAAUAAGGACCAGCAGAACUCAGACACUGACUCGUACGGUGAUGCGUGUGAUAACUGUCCAAAUGUCCCAAAUGGAGAUCAGCGGGACACGGACAGUAACGGCGUGGGAGACAGCUGUGAUAACGACAUCGAUGGAGACGGAAUCCCCAACAUGCUGGAUAACUGCCCGAAAAUUCCCAACGCCAUGCAGACGGACCGCGAUGACGACGGAGUGGGAGACGCGUGUGACAGCUGUCCUGAGGUCAACGACCCCACUCAGUCGGAUGUUGAUAAUGACUUGGUGGGAGACAUCUGUGAUACUAACCAGGACACUGACGGCGACGGUCUCCAGGACACGAGGGACAACUGCCCUGAAAUCCCCAACAGCUCUCAGGUUGACUCGGAUAACGACGGCAUUGGAGACGAUUGUGACGAUGAUGACGACAACGAUGGAGUUCCAGACGAUUCUUAUCCCGGGCCUGAUAACUGCAGACUCAUCCCCAACCCUAACCAGAAAGACUCAGACGCUGAUGGAGUGGGUGACGUGUGUGAGAGCGACUUUGAUAAUGAUAAAGUGAGCGACGUGAUGGACGCCUGUCCCGAAAACGCUGACAUCACCACGACAGACUUCCGAGCCUUCCAGACAGUCAUCCUGGAUCCGCACGGAGAUUCCCAGAUCGAUCCCAACUGGGUGGUACUCAAUCAGGGGAUGGAGAUCGUACAGACGAUGAACAGUGACCCUGGUUUGGCUGUGGGCUACACAGCGUUCAACGGCGUGGAUUUUGAGGGAACUUUCCACGUGAACACGAUGACGGACGACGACUACGUGGGCUUCAUCUUUGCCUAUCAGGACUCGUCCAGCUUCUAUGUGGUGAUGUGGAAGCAGACAGAGCAGACGUACUGGCAGAACCUGCCGUUCACUGCGCUGGCUGAACCGGGCCUGCAGCUGAAGGCCGUCAAGUCUCGCACAGGUCCAGGUGAGUAUCUGCGUAACGCACUGUGGCACACUGCCAACACACACGGAGAGGUGACGCUGCUCUGGAAGGAUCCCAGGAACGUAGGAUGGAGCGAUAAAACGUCAUACCGUUGGAGCCUCAGUCAUCGUCCGCAGGUCGGAUACAUCAGAGUGCGUCUGUAUGAAGGCACCGCUCUAGUCGCUGACUCCGGCGUGGUGAUCGACACCUCGAUGAAAGGAGGACGUCUGGGUGUUUUCUGCUUCUCACAGGAGAACAUUAUCUGGUCCAAUCUCGGCUAUCGCUGUAACGAUACGAUCCCGGAUGAUUUUUACCUCCACCACAAACAGUUGAACCUCAGGACAGGAGCGUAGACAAGCUCACGUCUUUAAACAUAACCUGAAGUGUGUGUGUGUGUGUGUUCCUGUUUUUGUGUAUAUAGACAGUGUUUUUUUUUCUAAACACACAAUUGUCUGUUAACUCCAGUAAUCAGUCCAGAGAAACUCACGUUGAGGACGGCUCGUAUGCUCGUAUGCUGAUGUUACAUCAGUAAAGUUACACAGUGAAAAACUCUGUUUAAAGCACAAUAUCGUUGACACACACACUACACAACACCAUGAGCUAGAGGUGUGUAUCUCAGAAAAGAAUAAAUAAGUACAUGAGUUUUACCUCCAUGUAAUCCAGAUCUUGUGAAUUAGCAAACUAGAAACCCUACAAACCCCACCCACUUCCCCUGCUAACCAAUGAAAUAGAAGAAAUUUACAUGUUAAAAAUGUUAUUAAUAUGUUAAUAUAUUUUGUUUGAUAACGCAAUAAAAUUGUGUCACAUGAUAA